AUGAAAUUAACGAGUUUAACCUUGUUAGCAAUCACAGCUUUCAUUGGCUUAUUCAUUCCCUGCACACUCACAAAACCAGAUGGAUUUCUUAGUAUUAACUGUGGCGCUUCAAAAAAUGACACAAUUGGAGAGUUGGACUGGAUUACAGAUUCCUUGUUCAUCAAGUUCAGAAACACGUCCAUUAUGCCUCCAUUCAGUUCUAACGAUAUCCCCUACCAAUAUCGGUCCGUGACCUAUUUUACAAAUCUGGAAGCAAAUAAAUAUUGUUACUUACUGCCCGUGAGGCCUCAUAUAAAAUAUCUGGUAAGGGCCCGGUUUUAUCAUGGAGGAUUUGAAAAUCUUCAUUUAGCAAGCAUCUUCGAUUUAUAUAUAGAGGGAAUGAAGUGGUCAAACGUUAACCUGGAGAAUCGCCCAAAAAUUUUCAAUUACUAUUACGAAAUCAUCCUGGUCCCUAAAGGCGGUAGUUUGAGUUUAUGCUUGGCUAGAAAUUCAGAGACACAAGAAAGUUAUUAUGUUUUCAUUUCAACCAUUGAGUUGAGGCCGCUACAAUCUACAAUGUACAACACUUCCAAUGAUUUCAACUACAACGCCUUAAAACGAUCCUAUGGUAUAAAUUUUGGCGGCUCUGAUUGGAUAAACUUUCCCCAGGACCAGUAUGAUCGCAUGUGGAAACCAUUUCCGGUGCCAUUAACAAGUAUCAGCAAGAAUGAAUCCUCUUUUCGGAGUGUAAAAAACCAACCACCUGUAUCAGUAUUAAAGACUGCUAUUACAUCGCGAGUAGGGGAAGAAUUGCUUAUUUCAGAGUGGUUCAAUGCUGUCCCGGGCAUUUACUACUUUGCUCUUUACUUGUGUAACAUCAAUAAGACAAGUGUUUCAGGGAACAACACAUUCCAGGUCUUCAUUGGCAAUGUUCAAAUUGCGGAAACAGAAGUUCCUGAGUAUAUGUACUGUUUGUCACCAGAAACUCGUCUAGAGCUUAGCACAACUGAUUCUACAGAUAUAAGAAUACGUUCAAAAGCAGGAUCCGAGAUGAGGCAAUUCAUAAAUGCAGCUGAAGCAUAUCAAAUAGUAAACAUCACCAAUAUGACACACGCCGGAGAUGUUCUUGCUAUUAGAAAUAUAGCAAAUACAGUGAAUGUUCCAGAUGAUUGGACAACAGGAGAUCCAUGUUUGCCUGCAGGUUUACCAUUAACCGGUGUUAUGUGCAAUGAUGAAGACACCCCACGAGUGAUUACUGUGAAUUUAACAAGCAUGGGUCUCACUGGCAAUAUACCUCCAAGCAUAGCGAACUUAACAGCAUUACAACAGUUGCUGUUAGGCAACAAUAAUUUUUUAGGUUCUAUUCCAGACCUCAGCACACUGAAGAACCUUACGACAUUGCAACUACAAAAUAACCAACUGACUGGAGACAUUCCAAGUUCAUUAGAGAAACUCCCCGUGUUAAAUGAGCUUUUUUUGCAGAACAACAAAUUAGAUGGAGAUGUGCCACCUGGUUUAAUCAAGCCUGGUUUAAACCUCCAAGUUCUUCCUCAAAAUAAGCCUCCACAGGGGAGGAAAGACAAAGGUUGGGUUAUAGGACCUGCUAUUGGCUGUUCCGUUCUAUUAGUUCUUUUGAUAUUCGGAAUUUAUUUAUGGAGGCACAAAUAUAAUCAAGGAAGUCAUACCACAAGAAGUUCUAUUAUGCAACCUCAACAUUCAUUUACAGAUAAAGAUGAUCCAAAUGAAUUUGAAAAAGUGGUGGUAGAAUAUAGUGAAGAAGAUAUUAAAGCAGCUACAAACAACUAUUCUACACUAAUUGGUAAGGGAGGCUUUGGAUCUGUGUUUUAUGGUCAACUUUCAGGAAAUAAUGUUGCAGUGAAGAUACUUUCAACAGAUUCAUCUCAAGGAAAACAAGAAUUUCGAAACGAGAUAACUCUCCUUUCAAGGGUACACCAUAAGAAUCUUGUAAAUCUUAUUGGGUACUGUAGGCAAGAUACAGUAGCCCUAGUAUACGAAUUUAUGGAAUGUGGAACACUGGCGGACCAUUUACACGGCUCCAUGAAACAAGAGAAACCGCUUGAUUGGCAAACCAGGAUCAAUAUUGCUCUACAAACUGCACAGGGUUUGCUAUACCUUCAUGAGGGUUGUAUUCCUUCAAUCGUACACAGAGAUAUUAAGUGUACUAAUAUACUUUUGGAUAACAGAAUGUUUGCCAAGAUUGCUGAUUUUGGUCUAUCGAAGUUAUUACAAAACUCCCAAAGCCAUGUAACAACAGAAGUCAAGGGCACCCUCGGCUAUCUUGAUCCCGAAUACUAUGGAACGUCAUCAUUGAAUGAAAAGAGUGAUGUCUAUAGUUUUGGUGUAGUUUUGUUGGAGAUUAUUUCUGGAAUACCACCCAAGGAGGGAAUAGUUGAAUCGGCUAAAGAGUUGCUUUCGUGCGGGAGAAUAGCAGAGUUGAUGGAUUCUUCGUUGGGUGGCCAUUACAGUUUAGAAUCUGCAUGGAGAGUUGCAGAGGUUGCGUACAAUUGUGUGGAACCAAGGCCACAAAAUAGACCCACAAUGAAUACUGUUGUGAAAGAGCUAGCAGAAGCGAAGGCACUUGUAUUGCAUGAUGACAUUAAACCUGCAUCUUUAAAUGUACUUGACGAAGUACCCGAACCUCGGUAGCCAUUCAAUUCUGAAUCUGCUUCACUAGGGGAAAGUUGCCCACAUAACAGUGCCUGCCUUUUCAGACCUAUACUUCAUAAGAAUUAUAAUACUAAGUGGUUAAGGAUGAACU